UGUACAUUAUGAUCUGCUAGUCUGUAUAUGAGCCCGAUAGAUUCUCAUCUACUUCACAAACUUAAUUUUAACAUCAACUCUUCUAUAGUCAUGUGCAUCUUUAUUUUCUACUGUCUUUUCUUUUUGAUUGUGAAAGAUGUGUUUGGGAAUAAAGUGUCAGUGAUGGAGGGUGAUUCUGUUACUCUACACACUGAUAUUGUCAGACAGAAAGAUGAUCGGAUUGUGUGGUAUUAUGGACCUGAAAACACUUUUGUUGCAAGAAUCAGUAAAAUGUCUGGAAGCAUCUUGUUAUCUGAAGAUGAGAGAUUCAGAGACAGAGUGAUGGUCAAUGAUCAGACUGGAGAUCUCAUCAUCACAAACAUCAGAACGCAACACUCUGGAGAUUAUACACUUAAGAUAAGCAGAAACAAUAAAGUCUCAUACAAGAAAUUCAAUGUUACUGUACAUGCUCAUCAACCUGUUCUGACGAAUCCCAUCAGAGUCCAAAAUAAUUCUCCUGUCCAGCGAGUCUUUGUAAUUUCAGUUGUAUAUUUAAUGUUUUCUGUGAUCUGUAUCAUCAUUUGUGUCCACAUGUACUGUACAACAGUAAGAAAGCGCAUUUCUUCACAACCAUUGAAUGCUAAAAUGAUUCUGAUGGAUUAAGAAAAGCACAUAAUUUAAAAUUCAGCAGUAUUUUUAAGGUUCCUAAAAACAUCAAGCUUCAGCAACAUGGACCUUUUUGAGUAUUCUGUUUCAUCUGUUUUUUAUGUCACGCAGUGUCAGGCAAGCUGUGUAUGUGCAAUUUACAGUCACACAUGCAUCAGUCUUUCUUGUUCAACAUUGGUAAUUGAUUAAAUAAUGUUUAGAUGGCUGCCUUGCAUAUUUCUAAAAAAUACUUGAAUUAGUCCCCAGAAAUCUGUAUACAUAUAACUGGUGAUAUUUACAACUAAUUAAGAUUUGUUAUUUAAAAAUAUCAGUGAA